AAUACAUAGCAGACAUUAAAAUAUCACAAUCGUCAGCCAAAGACGGCCUGAAAUAUUACACCGAAAUAUUUCGCGAGCAUAUAAUUCAAGAGUUGUUGCAAAAACAGCGUAAAUUUAAUCAUGAAAUCUGUUCAUCUUUCGAAGCCGUCAGAAAUCGAGUUUUGAAUAUUCCUGAGACGACCAAAGAGUUACUGGAACUGGGUGACGAUAUGGUAACACUGACGACGUCAUUUAUGGCGGAAAUGGAGGGAAAAAUAAAUUUCACUGUGACAAAAAUGCUGUCGAUGAUAGAAAUGACAACUCUGGACUACGAUGACAUUGAACUGAACCGCGAAACCGUAAAUUGGCUCGCAAAAAUAAAGCCAAUUUUAGAACAAGGUAAUCUGCAGUACGAGCAGAUGAAAUUCGCAUUAGAAGAAAAGUUACAGCAGCGAAAAAACGAUCUCAUUGCUUCUAUUGAAGAUUUGUUUGCAUAUUUAGAAAUAAUGGAUCUUAUGGACGAUGCCGAGCGUAUUUUUGAUUACCUUGAAGACAUGAGGAAGCUUGUACGCUCUUUAGAUCGCUUGGAUGAUGAAAUAAACUGGAUAAAUAACGAAGAAAGUUUAUUCAAAUUUCCACAGACAUAUUUUCCACGGGUGAAAGAACUGAAGGGCAUUAUAAUACCCUUUUAUGAAUUGAUUUAUCAGGCACGCAAAUGGCAACGAGACUCUGGUGUCUGGUUGGACGGACCCUUCGAGUACUUGGACGCAGGAGUUAUAGAAAAUCGCACUGCAGACUAUUAUGCCUUUUUCAACAAAGUGUCGAAAGAGUAUCGAGUUAAAAUAAAAAUGCAAAUAGCUACUGGCUAUCCUUACAUAUUCUCUGGUUCUAUUGACGAUUAUGACCCACUGAACCAACCUGCCCCACUUAAACUGUGCCAUCAGUUAUUAGAAGACAUCAAGUGGUUCAAAAAAUACAUGCCGUUGGCUGUUUGUCUGGUGAAUCCGGCAUUGAAUCAAAGACACUGGGACGAAAUGUCAGCGAUAGCUGGCCAUGAUAUUACUCCGGAUGCUGGAACGACUUUGAGAAAAUUAAUUGACCAAAAUCUUAUGGAAGACGUUGGUAAAUAUGAGGCUAUAAGUGUUAAUGCUUCUAAAGAGGCGGCACUGGUGGAUCUUUUUAAUAAAAUAAAGCAAGAAUGGGACAGCGUUUUAUUUAAUACGAUGAUUUAUAAAGAUUCUGGAGUUAAUAUUUUGACGCAAUUGGACGAUGUAAUACUGAUACUAGAAGAACACACGAUAAAACUUCAAGGAAUGCGAGGUUCUGCAUUUGUAAAACCUGUCGAAAAUGAAGUAAAACUUUUCUACGAACUUCUUGUCCGUAUCAGAAAGACAAUUGACGAGUGGUCGAAACUGCAAGUCCAGUGGAUUUAUUUGUUGCCCAUUUUUACGAGCCCUGAUAUAAUUGCCCAGCUACCAGAAGAAGCUGCAAUGUUUUCUGAAGUCAAUAAGACUUUUUGUGAAAUUAUGGAGUCUGUUGGUGAGGAUCCAAGGGUCAGAGAGUCAGCAGGUUCUUUGGGACUGCUGGAAAAACUCGAAGAAGCCAAUGAACUGAUGGAAAAAAUAAAUCAUGGGGUGGUUGAGUAUUUAGAGAAAAAACGAUUAUUUUUUCCGCGAUUUUUCUUCCUCAGCAAUGAUGACAUGCUAGAAAUUCUUUCGGAAACGAAAGACCCGUUGCGUGUUCAGCCGCAUUUGAAGAAGUGCUUCGAAGGAAUUGCUAAAUUGGGAUUCAAUGAAGACCGUGAAAUUUAUUCGAUGGUCGGGGAUGACGGAGAAGAAAUAAUGAUGCAGGAAGUUAUUUCUACUGACGCGGCAAAGGGUUGCGUCGAAAAGUGGCUUGUGAAAGUGGAAGAACAGAUGGUAAAGACAAUAAAACAUGAAAUAAUGGUCAGUUAUUUUGAUUACGAAGUUACGGAACGCGUUAAAUGGGCGUUAAUUUGGCCGGGGCAGGUUGUUUUGUGCGUUUCACAAAUUUAUUGGUCGUUGGCUGUAACAAAUAGUCUUUUGACUCAGACUAUUUCUGCUCUCGAGUCACUUUACGAUGCUCUUAAAUCCCAGAUGAUUGACAUGGUCGAUUUGGUGAAAGGUAAACUGAAUACACAAAACCGCACGACUCUCAAUGCAUUAAUAACAAUAGACGUUCAUGCUCAAGAUGUGGUGAAGCUAUUGAUCGACAAAAGAAUCACUAGUGAGACAGACUUCGAGUGGCUGGCACAGUUACGUUAUUAUUGGCAAGACAAUGUACUCGUUAGAAUAAUAAACUCAACAGUUAAAUAUGCCUAUGAAUAUUUAGGCAAUUGUUCAAGGCUUGUUAUUACACCGUUAACUGAUCGAUGCUAUCGCACAUUGAUUGGAGCAUACUCGCUACAUUUGAAUGGCGCGCCAGAAGGCCCAGCAGGAACUGGCAAGACUGAGACGACCAAAGAUUUAGCCCGAGCGAUAGCAGUCCAAUGCGUUGUCUUCAACUGUUCAGAAGCGCUGGAUUACAAAAAUAUGGGGAAAUUUUUCAAAGGAUUGGCGGCGUGCGGUGCCUGGGCCUGCUUUGAUGAGUUCAACCGUAUUGAGCUAGAAGUUCUUUCAGUAGUGGCUCAGCAGAUUCUUUGUAUCAUUCAGGCAGUUCGUGGCAAUUUAGAAAAGUUUGUCUUUGAGGGAACGGAAUUACCCUUGAAUCCAGCAGUUUAUAUCUGCAUUACCAUGAACCCUGGCUAUGCAGGACGUUCUGAACUUCCUGAUAAUCUAAAAGUACUUUUUAGAACUGUCGCGAUGAUGGUUCCAGAUUAUGCGAUGAUUGGAGAAAUAUUUUUAUAUUCAUCUGGAUUCAAUUCCGCGCGUAUUUUAUCAGUUAAAAUUGUCACCACUUAUAAAUUAUGCUCAGAACAAUUGUCAACGCAGUCACACUACGAUUAUGGAAUGCGCGCAGUAAAAACGGUGCUUCUAGCAGCACAGAAUUUGAAAAUAAAAUAUCCUGAUGCGGACGAAACUAUUUUGAUACUCCGCGCAAUCGUUGACGUUAAUUUGCCGAAAUUUUUAGCUCACGACGUUCCACUUUUUCAAGGUAUCAUUUCUGACUUAUUUCCAGGUGUUGAUUUGCCUUCUCCUAAUUAUGACAUCCUCAUAAAAUCCGUAAAAGAAGUCGCAGAGACGCGAAAUCUUCAAGCAGUAGAUGGAUUUCUUUUGAAAAUAAUUCAAACUUAUGAAAUGAUGAUUGUGCGGCACGGAUUCAUGCUUGUAGGUGAUCCUUGUGGUGGAAAAACUUCUGUUCUUCAUACUUUAGCAGACGCAUUGACUCUGAUGGCCGAGUGGGAUAAUGAACAAGGCGCCAAAACAAUUUAUACGACAAUAAACCCAAAAUCUAUAACAAUAGGCCAAUUGUAUGGACAAUUUGAUCCUGUGUCAUCAGAAUGGAGUGACGGAGUCUGUGCUGUAGCUUUUCGUCAGUAUAGUUCCGCUGAAGACUCUCUAUCAUCAAGACAGUGGAUUAUUUUUGACGGACCGGUCGAUGCAGUGUGGAUAGAAAAUCUCAAUACCGUUUUAGAUGACAAUAAGAAACUCUGCUUGACUUCGGGUGAAGUUAUGCAGAUGACUAGCGCCAUGUCUAUGAUUUUCGAAGCCAUGGAUCUGCUCCAAGCCUCACCGGCUACUGUUUCUCGAUGCGGGAUGAUCUACAUCGAGCCCCAUGUGCUCGGAUGGCGUCCCAUCGCGGAAUCCUGGUACAAAACUCUUCCUUCCUGGUCUGAAGACUAUGUAGACAUAAUUAGAGACAUGUUUGAGUGGUUGAUUGAUGGGUGCUUAGAAUUUACUCGAAAGAAGUGCCGAAUCACUUUGCACGCAGGCCAAAUCAAUCAGGUAACAAGUACUUUGAAUUUAUUUCAAAUGAUUAUGGAUGACACGGUAAAUGAUGCCAGCAAUAAAGACUCAGAAGACAUUAAAGACAAUAUAAAGUUCUGGUUCCAAGCUGCGAUGAUUCUUUCCACAGUUUGGGGAGUCUCGGGUACUCUGGAUCGGGAUUCUCAUCACAAAUUUAAUGAGUUUUUAACUGAGAUUUGGAAAAACGAAAAUUCUAGCCUUCCGAUACCUGAAAGCAUCACCCGAGACAUAAUUUUGCUACCUUCUGAAGACAUACACGAUAGUUUCUACGUUUUUCGUGGGAAAGGUCACUGGAAAACAUUUGCCGAAGAAUUAAAAACUGAAAAUCCUAUUGAGACUUGCAGUAUUACGCAGAUGGUAGUACCAACUACAGACACUAUUAAAUACCAACGUCUUUUCCAUCAGCAUAUCAAACACAACAAAAGAUUUUUGCUCUACGGUGCCACAGGAACAGGAAAAAGUUUUUACAUUCAAGAUUUAAUGACAAACAAACUUCACGAAAAGUAUAUACCGAAUUUAAUAACAUUCACUACACACACUACUGCAGUCUUAGCUCAAGAGCUGGUAAUUUCGAAACUCCAGCGCCGAAAACGUCACUAUAGCCCUGGAAAUGGAAACUCAUGUGUUGUCUUCAUCGACGACGUCAACAUGCCCGCAAAAGAAGCUUACGGAGCUCAGCCGGCAAUCGAAUUGCUGCGUCAAAUGUUCGAUCACGAUUACUGGUAUGAUUCCAAGGAUCCUGAGAAAAUAACCGUGUCCGAUACACUAUUCAUUUGCGCCAUGAGCCCGCCAGGAGGCAGUCGUCAAGAAAUCUAUCACCGAUUUCUCAGGCAUUUCAAUUUACUGACAAUUAACAAUUUCAGUGACGAAAGCAUCUGCAGAAUUUUUUCAACAAUCGCUAACAUGGGGUUCAAAAGAAAUGGAUUCGCUUCUGAUGUCAAUGUUACGGCAAAUUUAAUAGUGAAUGCUACUCUAGAAAUUUUCAAACGGGCAAUAAAUGAUUUGAGACCUACCCCUGCUAAAUCCCAUUACGCAUUCAAUCUCCGUGACUUUACGCGCGUAAUUACUGGCUGCGUAAUGAUCAAAAAGGAAUCCAUCGAGUCCCGGUCGACAUUCACUCGUCUUUGGGUCCAUGAAACUUUACGAGUUUUCGGAGACCGUUUAGUAGACAGUGCUGACAAUUCCUGGCUCUUUGAUCAGCUCAAACAAAUAGUUUCUAGAGUUAUGAAAGAGUCAUUUGAAAGUGUGUUCAAUGAUUUGCCGAAAGAAAACGAUCAAUUGACUGAAAAGAGCCUCAGAAGUCUGAUAUUUGGUACCUUCAUGGACGACUCUUUAGACAAAAAGUAUGAGGAAGUGACUUCAAUGGAGUUAUUUCAGCAGAUUGUGCUGCAGAAUCUUGAAGAUUAUAACGCAACCCAUCAUACAGCUUUGGACAUCGUGCCUUUUCGUUACGCGCUCGAACAUCUAGCUCGGGUAAGCAGAAUUAUAGCCACACCCGGUGGUAAUUUACUUAUGGUAGGAGUCGGUGGAUCUGGACGUCAAUCCUUGACAAAAUUAGCUACCGCGAUGGCUGACUAUGACUUGUUCCAACCGGAAAUAACAAGUACUUAUGGCGUAAACGAAUGGCACGAAGAUAUUAAAGGGAUUUGUAAAACGUCCGGUGCUCGUGGAAAAGAUUUAGUUUUUCUUAUUGCAGAGACUCAAAUUACUGAUAAAGUAUUUCUGUCAGACAUCGACGGGCUUUUGAAUGCCGGUGAAGUUCCUAAUUUGUUCAAUGCAGAAGAGCGGCAGGAAAUUAUCGAAAUCUGUCGUUCAACGGCAGCCAAAGACGAGGACAAUAUAACUUCUGAUGGAUCGAUAGUGUCAGUGCUGGCGUACUUUGUAAGCCGGUGCAAAGAAAAACUUCAUCUUAUGUUGUGUUUUACACCAAUAGGAGAGUCAUUUAGAACACGUCUGAGAUUGUAUCCAAGUCUGGUGAAUUGUUGCACUAUCGACUGGUUUGAAGUUUGGCCAGAAGAAGCCCUCGAGCAAGUUGCUAUCAAGUUUACAGCGGAUAUUAAUGUCGUGGAUCAAGUAAAAGUAAAUGCUGUUACUGCCUGCAAGUACUUUCACGUGUGUGCUAAAAAUAUUGCUGAAGAGUUUUAUCGAUUAACCGGAAAACAAACUUAUAUUACAUCCACGGCAUUUUUAGGCUUGAUACGAAAUUACGCGCGGUUGAUUAAAGUCAAGCAAGAAGAAAUUUCUGAAGCACGAGCUCGAUACGUGAGUGGCCUUGACAAACUGGCAUUCGCUGCCGAAGAAAUUAAAAGGAUGAAAAUAAACGUGGAAGCUCUACAACCAGAAUUGGAAGCAUCGGCUCGAGAAACUGUCGAAACUAUGAAGCAGGUGGAAAAUGAGAGUGCGGUGGUAGAGGAAGCGACCAUUCAAGUGAAGAAAGAAGAAGAAGCUGCUAAUCAUCAUGCUGAGAUUGCUGGUGCAUUGAAAAUUGAAUGCGAAGCAGAUCUUGCUUCUGCACUUCCCAUUCUCAAUGAAGCUCUACGGGCUCUCGAUACUUUAAAGCCCAAAGAUAUUUCGCUAGUUAAAGCCAUGAAAAACCCACCAGCUGGUAUUAAAUUAGUCAUGGCAGCUGUUUGUGUUAUGUUAAAUAUUCAACCUGACAGAAAAGUCUCUCCCACUACGGGGAAGAUCCUCCUUGACUACUGGAAACCCAGCAAAAAACUACUCAGUGAUAUUAAAUUUUUAGAUUCCCUAAAAAAUUAUGACAAAGACAAUAUUCCAUUGCAAACAAUAGAGACAAUUAAACGCGUUUAUCUGAUGGAUAAAAAUUUUGAGCCAGCGAUUGUCGCAAAAGCUUCGCAGGCUGCAGAAGGACUUUGCAAAUGGAUUCGCGCAAUGGUACUUUAUGACAAAGUUGCUAGAGAAAUAGCACCAAAAAAGCGAAAACUAGAAGACGUGGAAAAAGAUUACUCUGAAACUAUGAUUAUUUUAGAGGAAAAACGUCUUGCCUGUACAGAGUUAACGAACAAAUUAACGAUCUUGAAGGAUAAUUUAGAUAAAAUUUUAGAAAGAAAAAUAAAUCUUGAAAAUGAAGUGUCCCGUUGCCGCAAUAAAUUAAUACGGGCGGAAAAAUUAAUAAGUGGUUUGGGAGGCGAAGAACGUCGUUGGUUGAUAACUGCCGAAAAUUUGCUUAAAUCUUAUGAAACUUUGCCAGGCGAUAUUUUAAUAUCUUGUGCCAUAAUAGCGUACUUGGCGCCAUUCACAUCAACUUAUCGAGCAGAUAAUAUAAAUAAAUGGACACUUUAUAUCAAGGAUAUAAAAAUUCCUUGCUCGCAAGAGUUUCAUUUUGUGAAAAUUUUAGGCAAUGAUUUACAAAUAAACACGUGGAAUAUUUCGGGCCUGCCUAGGGACGUAUUUUCAACAGAAAAUGCUGUGAUUAUGUCCAAUAGCGAGCGUUGGAGUUUAUUUAUUGAUCCGCAGAGUCAAGCUAAUAGAUGGAUUCGCACGAUGGAGAAAUCGAGCGACGUUGAAAUUGUUAAAUUAACAGACAAAAAUUAUAUGAGUGUCGUUGAGCAGUGCAUUGAAUUCGGUAAGCCGGUAUUGAUUGAAAAUAUUUAUGAAGAAUUGGACGCUUCACUGGACCCGAUACUCAUGAAAAACAUCUACAGAGUCGCCAGCGAGUUUUAUAUAACUCUAGGUGAAAAAAUAAUAAAAUACAGUGAAAAAUUCCGUCUCUACAUGACAACUAAAUUACGGAAUCCCCAUUACGUGCCAGAAGUUUUUAAUAAAGUCACGGUAAUUAAUUUUUCACUGACUAAAAUAGCGCUCGAGGACCAACUUCUAGGGCUUGUUGUGGCCAAAGAGCGACCGGAAUUGCAAGAGAAACGCGAGUACUUGAUAGUACAGGGAGCGGCUAAUAAAAAAGCACUUCAAGAAGUUGAAGAUAACAUCCUGAAAACUCUGUCUUCGGGCACGGGUUCAGAGAUUCUUGAAGACGAGGAAGCUGUGGGAAUUCUAGAUUCGUCUAAGAUACUGUCAACAGACAUUUUGAAGAAGCAACAAGCAUCCGAAGAGACUCAACGUAAAAUAGAAACCGCGAGAAAUGAUUACGCAUCAAUUGCUAAAUAUUCUUCAGCUCUUUAUUACACGUGCACAGAUUUGCCUAAUAUUGAACCGAUGUAUCAGUACUCAUUAGCCUGGUUCAUUAAUCUCUAUGUCACCACAAUCGAGACUGCUCAUAAAAGCAAACUAUUGCAAAAAAGAUUAAAUUUUUUACGCGAUACUUUUACUUACAAUCUUUAUCAAAAUAUAAGCAGGUCAUUGUUCGAAAAAGAUAAACCGCUUUACGGAUUUAUUUUGUACACGACAAUUUUAAUCGAGCGACAAGAAAUAACUGCUGAAGAAUUGAAUUUAUUUUUAUCUGCUAUCGAUGUUAAGAAAAUGGAAAAUCCAAUCGACUGGUUGCCAGAUAAAUCGUGGCUCAAAUUAUGCCAACUUGAUUGUCUGGGAGUGUUUAAAGAUUUUGUAAAAAGUUUUCUCAAUAAUUUACAAGUCUGGAAAAAUUUUUAUAACGCGGAUAUAAAUUCCCAAAGUGUACAAUUACCGGCGCCUUGGGACAAAGAGCUAACGGACUUUCAGAAAUUAAUUAUCAUGAGAAUAAUACAUCCGGACAAAGUUUUACAAAUGAUAAUAAAAUUCAUCGAACGGGGAAUGGGAAAUAAAUUUAUCUUGCCAGUUACUUUUGACCUUACGAAAUCUUAUAAUGACUCAAACUCGUUGAACCCUUUGAUAUUUAUUUUAUCUCAGGGUUCAGAUCCCACUGCGUCUCUAUUUAAUUUUGCAGCGGCGAUGAAUUAUCAAGAUAAAUUUAUUACUAUUUCAUUGGGGCAGGGUCAAGGAGCGCGGGCUGAAAAAUUAAUUAGAGAAGGCCAGAAAAAUGGCGAGUGGGUCUGCUUGCAGAAUUGUCAUUUAGCUGCCUCAUGGAUGCCCGCGUUAGAAAAAAUAUGCGAGCAAUUUGACUCAACCAAUACGUCAACUAAUUUUCGGCUGUGGUUAACGAGUUACCCUACGGCUAAAUUUCCUAUUUCUGUCCUCGAAAACGCAGUGAAAAUGACAAACGAACCGCCCAGAGGAUUGCAGCAGAAUUUAAUGCGUUUGUAUUCGUCGGAGCCUUUGAAAAAUCCCGAAUUUUUUGACAGCUGUCCUGGAAAAGAAAAAAUUUUCUUACGUUUGACUUACGGUCUCUGUUUUUUCCACGCAGUUAUACAGGAGCGUAAAAAUUAUGGCCCGCAGGGUUGGAAUAUUCCUUACGGCUUUAAUGAAUCAGAUUUUGAAAUUUCUAUAAAUCAAUUGCAAAUAUUUAUUAAUCAAUUCAAUGAAUUACCGCUGAAAGCAAUUACUUACUUAACAGGAGAGUGUAAUUACGGCGGACGCGUUACGGAUGAUCGUGACCGCCGUUGUUUACAAACAAUCCUCCAGGAUUAUUAUAAUUAUGAAAUAGUAACAGACGACCGGUAUAAAUUGACCGAGGGCUCAGAUGAAUAUUACAGCGUGCCUCGUAAAAAUAAUUACCACGAGUAUGUAAAACAAAUCCAGCGGAUUCCACUGGAUCCUGAACCUCAAGUAUUUGGUCUGCAUGCGAAUGCGAGGAUUACCCGAGACUUGGAAACAUCCAGGAUUUUUUUCGAUUCCCUGCGCAAAAUCUCCGGCACUGUCUCCCUUGCGGGCGGAGUUACUACAGGAGAUUUUGGUUCUAAGCAAGACGAAUUGCUGCUGGCAAUAAAACGAGACAUUUAUGAAAGACUUCCGGAUUUAUUUGACCUCGAAGCUGCUGUAAAAAAGUAUCCAGUACGUUAUGAUGAAUCAAUGAACACGGUAUUAGUUCAGGAAUUAGAACGUUACAAUAAUUUACUCCAUGUUGUACGAACGAGUCUUGAAAUGCUGGAAAACGCAAUCUGGGGAAUUAUUGUUAUGACUUAUGAAUUAGAAAUAAUUUAUAAUGAAAUAUUAAGCGGCAAAAUUCCUUCUUUAUGGAUAAAAUCUAGCGCAUACCCGUCGUUAAAAUCGCUUGGUAAUUUUAUAGCCGAUUUAUUGAAACGUCUUGAGUUUUUUAAAAAUUGGCUGGAUCACGGGAAACCCGAAACUUUUUGGAUCUCUGGGUUUUCAUUUGCCCACGCGUUUUUAACUGGCGCCAUGCAAAACUUUGCACGCAAGUACAAAAUAUCAAUCGACAAACUAGACUUUGACUUUGAGGUGAUGUCAGAUAAAUUAAAUUCAGCCCCAGCAGACGGUGUCUAUAUCUACGGAUUAUAUUUAACUGGUGGCCGUUGGGAUUUAUCGAAAAAAGUCCUCACUGAAAGCCACUCAAAAAUUUUGUACGACCCACUGCCGACUGUCUGGUUAAAGCCAACGGAAAUAAUAAAUAUUAAUCGGCAUAAUCCCAUUCGAUAUGAAUGCCCACUGUACAUAACAUCUGAGCGAUUUGGUAGCCUUAAAACAACGGGGCAUUCAACAAAUUACGUCUUGAUGAUUCUGCUGGACACGGAAUUACCAGUCAGUCAUUGGAUCAAGCGAGGCCUUGCUCUCUUAUGUCAGCUAACUGAUUAA